CGAUGAACAGUUAUAUAGUUUGGUGGAACGGAAGGUUGCUUUGAAUGUCCCAUUGUUGCCCUGGCUAAUGGCAAAUCGCUCAAUUACCUGACCUUUGUGCGGCCACACUUUGCUGGGGCGAAAUUGUAUCCAGCUCUAUAACCUUAUGAAAUACAACCCCUAAUUUAUCUUAGGGUCCUGCUUAGCUGUGGAAGUCAUACAGUCACCAUUGGGGUAACGCGCAGGAGGGUGCUCAUUGAAGCUACCUAGCUAAUUACACGCGUGUUACAUCUUUUCUGUCAAUUAUCAGCUGCAGUAUGUACCACGCGGAUGCAAGCCAGCAAGGAGGUUGCGCAACCAGUUUAGGCCAGCCCGUUUUGCUCUUCCUGCGCAAAGGCUUGCCUCGCCGCUUCUUAUGUUGUCGAACUUGGCACAUACUAAGCAACCCCGUGUUUGACCCUUUCGAUUCCGGAGGGCGCUUGGCAGACCACAAUGCUGUCGAGGCUUACUCACGGCGCUUCGACGCAAGCGGUCUCUCCCACAUCCGAACCGUUUCGCGGUACAAGGCUGAAAUUGACGCCUGGCUGGCGGUAAACGCCACCGUGGUCCCGGCCAAGACAUCCCCUGUCGAGAAGUCUACGGAGCCUGAAUGGUGGUCUUGUUGGAAGGCCCUAGAGAUGCCGCCCGUGGCUUCCAGGCCACCCUGCUGGGUUCCGCAGCCUGGUCAGGAGGCCCCAGAGCUGUCCCAGCGGUACAUAACCGCGGCUGCCGUACCUGCGGAGCACUUUUGCCCCCUGGCCCGUUGCGUAAUGCGCGAGCCGGUGCGGGACUGGCGGGACCCCGAGCACGUGUACGAGCGGUCCGCCAUCACCGCCUUUGUACGGCAGCACGCAUGUAACCCGGUCACCGGCCAGCCCAUGUGCCUGGACCACCUACGCCGAGACGCCUUUGAGGAGGAUGCCAUACGCGACUGGGUUGCAGAAAACACAAAAACAACCUCCUUCUCGGGCGGGGUCAGAGGGGACAGCGGCAGCGGAGACGGG